AUGUCCCUGGCGGACACUCCCACAGGCGAACAGCUACAGCGCUUUUUACUGGAACUUGGAUGUAAAGUGAACCCGACCUGGGCGCCAUCACUUCCCGGUAACUUGAAGCUGGUGAAGUGGCGACGAAGGGUGAAAGCCGAUUUCAACGAAGAUCUGGGGAUGUUUGUUCCGCUGGAGAACGAGCAGAUCCGGGAUGAGAACCACAUACUCAUCUGCCUGACUGCUAAAGAAUUCACUGACACAGCCCUCCCCGUAACGGCCAGUGGGUUAUCAUCACACGCCCAGAGGAUAAAAUCUGCCUUUCCGACUCCUCCGAUGGCGAAGAAGCCUACCAGGUUAAUAUACCUGAUAGAAGGCCUGCAAACUCUCAUCCGAAAACAUAGAAACCUGCAAAACCGUGCAUACCAGAACCGAGUUCUCAGUCACCUCCCUAGCGCCCCGAAUGCUCCCAGUGCUUCCAUAGCCCUUAGCACGGACGAUGAUGCAUCAAUUAACGAAGACAAUGUUGAAGAUGCCCUGCUAGACUUACAGAUCACACACAACUGCCUAAUCCACCACACCUCCUCACCCGUAGAAACCGCAGAAUGGAUAACCAUCUUUACUGGGGACAUUUCCACAAUUCCAUACAGACACAGCAGGGCCCACCUCGACACUUCCUUCUGCGCCGACGUCGGGCAGGUGAAACCCGGCCUGGGCAAGCGCGAUACCUACCGUAAAAUGCUGCAGGAGAUCACGCGAAUCACACCGGGAAUUUCCGCAGCCAUUGCGAAAGAGUACCCCGACGUGCGCAGGCUAGUUAGCGCAAUUGAGCAUGGGGGUGGGGAGGUUUUGGCGGGUAUUGAGAACUCAAGUACUAGGAAUGGAUUGCAGAGUAGUAGGACUGUCGGCGCGGCUUGUAGUCGGAGGGUUGCGGGGGUGUUUUUUGGGAGGGAUCCGUCGGGGGUUGAUGUUUAG